UGUCGGCUUGAAUGUGCAGUAAAGCAGGGGGGUGGCACCGGCGGGGAUCACUUCCAUGGACCAUCUGUCUCCCUCGACUCAACAAAGAAGGAGGACGCAGGAUGGUGUUAGUCCAUGUCGGCUAUCUGGUUCUCCCCGUCUUUGGCUCGGUUAGAAAUAGAGGAGCGCACUUCACCAGGCACCAACACAGCCAUGCUACCUCCUGCCGGCACUUUCACCUGGGUGCCCCGCAGGCUCCCAUCUCGGUCGAGUUCCCUUUAGGACACAACAGCCAGCCCCCUCAGACGGGCCUGGCCGCCCACCUUCCUGCCGUGCACCAUCCGCCUCUAACUGCCCUGCCCGCGGCACCUCAGUUCCAGGACGUGUCGGGGCCUCCGUUCCUACCUCAGGCCUUACACCAGCAAUACCUCAUCCAGCAGCAGCUCCUAGAGGCGCAGCACCGACGAAUUCUACCGCACUCCAGAAGAUCCCAGGAGCGUAUUCCACUGAACCCCCACCGAUUGCGCUCCGUCUACGAGUACUCUGCUCCCCUACAAGUCCCCCAGCCGAUGACACAGCAGCCAAGGUACCUUGCCGAAGGCACAGACUGGGAUCUCAGUGUAGACGCCGGCCCCCUUCCUCAUCACCCGUACCACCUACAGCAUCUCCCGCAGCACUACCAGCACUACCUGGCCUCCCCUCGAAUGCACCACUUCAGCAGGAACUCGUCUUCUGCACAAGUGGUUGUGCAUGAAAUCAGAAACUACCCGUACCCACAGCUGCACUUGUUGGCGCUGCAAAGUCUAAACCCCUCCAGGCACGCUACUGCGGUGCGAGAAAGCUACGAGGAGCUGCUUCAGUUGGAGGACCGUUUAGGGAGCGUCAGCAGAGGUGCCGUUCAAACCACCAUCGAGAGAUUUACCUUCCCACACAAGUACAAAAAGAGGAAGCCCCUGCAUUUAAAAAUUGGGGAAGAGGAGGAGGAGACUGACGUGGACGAGAAGUGCACCAUCUGUUUAUCCAUGCUCGAGGAUGGGGAGGACGUCAGGAGGUUACCCUGCAUGCACCUCUUCCACCAAGGCUGCGUGGACCAAUGGCUGGCGACCAGCAGGAAGUGUCCCAUCUGUCGAGUUGACAUCGAGACACAGCUGAACGCUGACAGCUGAUGGGAUUUCAACCCCCUCCACUUGUUGGUAGUGGUUCCUGCUUUCUUCCAUCCACAACACAACCCCCAUGAUACACCCCCCCCCCCCCCCACUCCCACCCAUCCCAAAAUUGGGUGCUUUUGCCAAAAUGUCUCCAGACUAUGACGUGACAUCAUCGCUUUACUGAGCCAAACCAGGAAGUAGACGUGCACGAGGACUCUUUUUCAAACACAAAGCACAUCUCUCUGAGAGCGAGACACACACACACACACACACACACACACACACACACACACACACACACACACACACACACACACACACACACACACACACACACACACACACACACACACACACACACAGGGUUUUUUUUGUAGCUUGCUGGUUCUAUAAGUGGUUACCGUGCUGCUGCUGCUACUGCUGCUGGUGUUGUUGUACUGUAGGCGCCCUUGGGCUGUGUAGCAUGUCCUUAAAGCCAUGACUUAAAUGUCCCGAGCACUCAAUACCCAAGCUGGCGGCUGUCUCCUUCUCUUUCCCUUUCUCCCUCUCUCUCUUUAUUUAUAUAUAUAUAU